AUGUUCCUGUCAUUUCGCAGGUAUAUGCGUGUUCCUCAUGAGUUGAAACCCUCGCAGAUUUUCAAGCAGGAUUCCCUUUCACCUAGUAAGAUCGCUUUGCAGAUUGUGCUGUUGCAGAUCUUUUACUACAUAACAGCCUCGAUACUGUUCUAUUGCUGGGCAAAAUUAGUCGGGUACGAGUUAAAUGUUAAGAAUUGGCUUUUUUCUUGGGAAUACAUCAAUUUUAAUACGACUUUAGGACUCUCACUUUCCGUACUGUGGUUACUGGAUUCACUGAUAUGCGUGUUGUUUCUUACCGUGAUAGUGGGUCGUAGUAAACUGGCGUGGGACUUUGCAGUGACAAUUCAUGCGAUCAAUUUGGCUGUGGUUCUCAUCACAACGGGCCAGUUGCCAUCAUUUGCAUGGAUAUUUCUGCAAUUGCUCUCUUCACUAAUACUAGUGUUCCUAAGUACAUGGACGACGAGAUGGAGGGAACUGAGGGAUACUUUUUUUGAAGGUUUGGUGGAUCCAGCCUUUGGCGAAGGUGCCGCGGAUGCAGAGAUACGACCUGAAGCUAAUGAUAACAAGCCAAUCGAAAUGAAAGAUUUGGAAGCCCAAACAUAG